UACACAUGCGUCUAAGAUUCAUUCAACAAGUAGCCUUCCUCUUUCAAACACACUUCACUUAUCACCUAAUUAUCUCUCUCUCUCUCUAAUAAAAGACGAGCUGGAUUCUCCGAAGAACCCAGAAGAUGGAUAAUAUCCUAUGCGAUGAACUCUUGCAAGAAAUCUUCCUAAAACUCCCAUCUUCUUCUUCCUCUUCAAUCUCCCUUGUUUCAAAGCGAUGGCUUCAUCUCUACCGUUCAUCUAAACUCACCCUUUCCCUUCGUUUCAACAACCCUCAUCAUCAUCAUCACUUUUUCUCUUUCAUCUCUCUCCUCAAUCAACACCCUUCUCUCUCUUCUCUCUCUCUCCUCCUUCUUUCAUCUUCCACCACCACCACCCCAACAACAACAACAACAACAACAACAACAUCCCUUCUUCUCUCUGCUAUUUCCUCUUGUUCUUCUUCCUCCAAACUCCUCUCUCUCAAUUUCUCGCCUGCUCCUGUUCCUCUCUCCUCCAUCGUUUCUCUCUCAAACUCUUGUACCCGAUUGAGGUCUCUUUCUAUUACUCUUUCAAAACCUAUUUUUCUCGAUUGGGUUUUGUUUUUUCCUUGUUUAAAACAACUCUCAAUUGUUUUCUCUUAUGACGACGAUCAUCAUGACGAUCAUGACGAUGAUGCCUGUUGUUCUGAGGAGGUGAAUGGCCUUUUUGAUAAGGAACUGAGUUUGGAAACUAUUUGUUUCGAGGGUAUCCGUAGAGAUGAAAUGGGAAUUGGUUGGAUUUGGAAGAGAUGCAAAAGCCUUAAGAAUCUGAAGCUUCUAAGUUGCCAAGGAAUUGGUAGUUCUUACGCAUCUUUUGUUCACUGUUUGCAGGGUAUUCAACAAAUUGAGCUUAAAACUUGUAGGACUGUGGUUGAUGAAGUUCUCUCGGAAAUUGCUAGACAUUGUAUCUCAUUGGAAUCACUUUUGGUUCAUGAUGGUGGUAGCAGACAGAGUUUGCUACAAUUUUUUUCAAGUUGCACCUCUAAUUAUUUGCGUAAACUUGAUUUUCGUUUGCCUAUGGACCUUCAAAACAAUCAUCUUUUUGUUAUGGCUAUGAACUUCCGAGGCCUUUCGAGUCUUAGGCUUCAAAGUUGUUGUUUUGUUACUGGUGAAGGGCUAAAGGCUCUUGGUAUGGCAGUGAGUAAUGGUCUUGAAGAAUUGGCACUCAUAAACUGUGAUGUGGUUGAAAGGGAGAAAGGAUUGCUUGCAACUUUGGGUCAACAUUUGAGGCAAUUGAGGAAACUAGAUUUGUCUCAUAAUGAACUGUUGUUUGAUAAAGAUUUCAUUUCGAUGUUGGUUUCUUGCAUUCAUUUGGUUGAUUUGAAGGUGAGAGGCUGUAAAGGACUCACUAGUGUGGCUCUAGUUUCUAUGCUUAGGAGCUGCAAGAGACUUGAAAAUGUUGAUAUUAUGCUCUGUUUGGGGAUACAAUCCGAUGCUAUUGAACUAUUUGUGAAGAAUUGUUCAAGUUUGACAAGAUUGGAAGUUGAGGGUAGUAAGCUCUCUGAUGCUGCAAAAAUCUGGGCAUCGGAUAAAUUUAUUGAAAUUGUGUAAAACAAAUUUGUUGUAUCAUUUGUAUUUAUGUUCCAAGUAUACCAUCGAAACUGUGGUUAAUAAUGCUGCUGCGAAGACGUAUAAAUGGUUUAGGUUGCUGACCCAAUGUGUAUGUUAAUUCUGAUAUUUGAAAUAAAGAGGUAUACAUUUCAAUCUCAUUGGUGUAAUUUAUUCUUGGAUUAUCAAGUUAUUAUGUUCACUCAAUAUUCAAUUAA